AUGCUCCGACCGAAUAGCCUCCUCAAUAUCGCCGUCCUCCUCACGGGGGCCAUCAGGCAUGCCGUCGCCGGCACGCCGUCGGCGGGCUGCGGCAAGGCGCCAAAGCUAGUGACGCCCGCGGCGGCGAGCACGCCUUUGACGUUGACAUCGGGCGGCAAGACACGUCAAUUCUUCGUCAAGCUGCCCGACAACUACGACAACGCGCACCAGUACCGGCUUAUCUUCACGCUGCACGCACUCGGGGGCAAUGGCCAGCAGGUCACCGUCGGCCAGGGCGGCUACCUGCCCUGGUACGGCCUGCCGCCGCUUGUCAACGACACCAUUGGCGCCAUCUACAUCUCGCCGACGGGGCUGAACAGCGGCUGGUGGAACACAGGCGGUUCCGACGUCACAUUUAUCAAGGAUGUGCUCAAGGCCGUCGAGGACGACCUCUGCGUCGACCAGAACCUGCGCUUCUCGACCGGCUUCAGCCACGGCGCCGCCAUGUCCUUCAUCCUGGCCUGCGCCCUGGGUAAGGACCUGCGCGCCGUCGCCGUGCUAUCUGGCAACCCGCAGAUCAGUGGCUCCUGCCCCGGCGGCACUGAGCCCGUCGCCUACUACGGCCAGCACGGUGUCCAUGACUCGGUCCUCCCCAUCGCCGGCGGCCGCCAGAUGCGCGAUCGCUUCCUCAAGAACAAUGGCUGCGCCGCCAAGGAGGCGCCUGAGCCAGCCCAGGGCAGCGGCACACACAUCAAGACCGUCUACGACGGCUGCUCAGCCGGUCAUCCCGUGACUUGGGUCGCCUUCGACGGCGACCACACCCCGCAGCCCAAGGACAAGGGCGCCGCCACGACCUUCUCGGCCACCAACACAUGGGAGUUCUUCUCCCAGUUCACAUAG